AGUCCGGCCACCACCAGAGCUCCGCUUACAAAAACUCUCUUCGGCGGUGAACGGAAGUCGAGCACCCCAUAUCGCCGGUCAAGGCGAUGAACCCAUCAGUGAAUUCUCUCAACCAUUCUCCUUGUCGCACAACCAAUCCAUCAAUUAAACAUUUCGCCACCGCCUCCCCUAAAUGGUUCCACCACCAUCCCCACAUAUCAACCCUCAAACCCCAUAUCCACCGCCCCACAACCUUCACGACCUUCUGUUCUCUACGCCGUCGUCGCCAUUUUCGCCGUCGCCGCCACCCCGAUAGUAACAGCUACUUCCCGACCACCGAUGCCGACUUUUCCUCGCCUCACUCGGAUUCUAAGCUUCACAUGGUAAUCGACCUCGAACAAUACAUACCCGACAGUACGUCUUUGAAUAAGUUAUUGAAAGUUGCCGAACUAAAGUUCAAUCAAUUCGUUGACUCUGGAAGCGACGCCGUGGAGGACCUUCGGACUAUGAUCACCAUCGACGGUGAUAGGAGAGUCGUAGUAUCCUGCCGAAAAACAACGGUUUAUUUCGUUGGCCAGUUGAUUGCAUUGAGUUGGGUUACUAUUUUUGCUUUUAGGGUUUUGGUAAAAAUAGGCUUAGGGUUUCGGAACUUGUUUAUGCACCAGAGUAAUGACAGUGGAGGGGUGGUUACGAGGAGGGAUAGGAGUCUAGGUGGGCGAGAGGUGGUUGUCAGCACUCAAAAAGAAUCAAAGAAAGAGCUCAAUGUCUCUGUGAAUCCAUUGUCUUCUGGUGAAGAGUCUAUUAUGAGCUAUUCAAAUUCAAUGAUGAAGAACUGGGAGAAAUCAAAGAAGAAGCUUCCUGAUUGGUGGCCGGAUUCUCGUCCUGCUCCAUUGGAGGGAAUCGACAAGGAGGAGAAUCAGAAAAAGGCCAACUGGUUAAUUGGAGCAAUCAUGGACUAUAGAACGAGUGGAAAAGAUAUACAGGAGGAUGAUAUAAUCUUAUUGCGUCGAAUAUGCAGGAUGUCUGGAGUGAGAGUGUCCAUUGACACCCCUAAUUCACGAGAUUCAAUUUAUCGUGCAUCUGUCGACUUCACUUUAAACACUUGUGGCAGAAUAGCAAGCCAUUCUACGAUAGUUCAGAUUGAUGGUGAGGAUGCACGGGAAUUCAUCGCUGGGCUUGCUGAUAACAUAGGUCUUGAAAGCAUUCGUGCUGCUAGAAUGGUGGCUGCAGCUGUUGCUGCACGAACUCGCUCAUGGCUCCUACAGGCUUGGGCUCUGGAAAUGCAAGGUAAGCAUAUUGAAGCAGCAGGGGAAUUAUCAAAGUUGUGUCUGAUUCACAGGAUAUUUCCGCCAGAAGAAGGCUCGCCUGAGAUGGAGAUGGUAGCUCGUGGCCUGGAAAAACAUUUGAAAUUGGAACAAAGAGAGUAUUUGCUUAGGAUGCUGAUGGGUGUGUCCAGUGAAGAGAACCGCAGAAGUCUUGUUGAAGCUUUAGGUUUGGCAAUGUCAGGCGGAAGCAUUGGUGAUCAACAAGAAAACAUACGGAGUUAGUUUUUAAGAAAUCAUGUUGAUGAUGAUGAUGAUGAUGAUAAUGAUGAUGAUCAAUGAUGAUGAUGAUGAUGAUGAUGAUGUGAUGAUGAUGAAUUAGAAGUUUGAAUAUAUGCUUGAGUUUAGGUUAUGAUGUUAGUUGCAUUGCAGCUGAUGAGUUAUGCUCAAGAACCUUGAGAUGGAUGAUGUAUGACACCUCAGGUUUUCUGUUUUCUCCAUCUUAAAAUGUUAUUUAACAGAAUAGUAUCAUGCUAUUUAUAAGUAUCUAAAUGGUUGGUUACACACUUAUAUGAGAUUUUGUUGCAUCUAA